AGGCCGUAUCUUCGCGAGUCACCGAAUGACAAUCGAAUGCACGCCGCCAUUUAAUUUUUCGACGCAUUCAGCAUUUAUCAGUCUGCUGCUUACGCGAAGUUGAUCGUGAAUCGCAUUUUCCCGUAGAGAGUGUUCACAUCCUCGGAAAUGAACAGAAUGAAUCAAUUGAUCACCACCGGCUUCAGGAAAUGGUGCUACAAUAUCAGCGGAUUCAAUCAAUACGGUUUAUGGAGGGAUGAUUUACUUUACGAAGAUCAGGAUGUAAAAGAGGCGUUAAGGCGCCUUCCUCAAGAAAUUAAGGAUCAACGCAACUUUCGUAUAAUAAGAGCCAUGCAGUUAGAUUGCAAUAAGAGAAUCCUACCCAAGGAAGAGUGGACUACGUAUGAAGAAGAUGUUAGGUAUCUUCAGCCAUACGUCGAUGAAGUCAUAAAAGAGCGCGAGGAGAGGGAGGCAUGGGAAGCGUCAUGAAGUAUAGUUUAGUGCACGGAUUACUGGAUAGUAAUGUAACAAAUGUUAUCCAUUCUUUAAUGCACACUUCGUUAAGAAGAGCUGGUCUGUACAUAUAUAAAAUGAUUAGAAAUUAAAUAAAUUACAUUUGCUUGCUCCAAA